CCCCCACAAUUUCAUCAUGGCCGACCAAGCUGUUGCUGAUUUCGGUCUCAUCGGUCUGGCCGUUAUGGGUCAGAACCUGAUCCUUAACGCUGCUGACCACGGCUUCACCGUCUGCGCCUACAACCGUACCACCUCCAAGGUCGACCGCUUCUUGGAGAACGAGGCUAAGGGCAAGCCCAUCGUUGGUGCCCACUCCGUCGAGGAGUUCUGCGCCAAGCUCAAGCGUCCCCGUCGUAUCAUGCUCCUGGUCAUGGCCGGAAAGCCCGUUGACCAGUUCAUUGAGUCUCUUCUGCCCCACCUCGAGGAGGGUGAUAUCAUCAUCGAUGGUGGUAACUCCCACUUCCCCGACAGCAACCGCCGCACCAAGUACCUGGCCGAGAAGGGCAUCCGUUUCGUCGGCAGCGGUGUCUCCGGUGGUGAGGAGGGCGCCCGCUACGGUCCCUCCCUGAUGCCCGGUGGUAACGAGGAGGCUUGGCCUUACAUCAAGGAUGUCUUCCAGAGCAUCGCCGCCAAGAGCGACGGUGAGGCCUGCUGCGACUGGGUCGGUGACGAGGGCGCUGGUCACUUCGUCAAGAUGGUCCACAACGGUAUCGAGUACGGUGACAUGCAGCUCAUUUGCGAGGCUUAUGAUAUCCUCAAGCGCGGUCUUGGUCUUAAGGGCAAGGAGAUUGCCGAUGUUUUCGCUGAGUGGAACAAGGGCGUCUUGGAUUCCUUCCUGAUUGAGAUCACCCGUGACAUUCUCUACUACAACGACGAGGAUGGAACUCCCCUCGUCGAGAAGAUCCUUGACAAGGCUGGUCAGAAGGGUACCGGCAAGUGGACUGCCGUCAACGCUCUUGACCUUGGCAUGCCCGUCACCCUGAUCGGCGAGGCCGUCUUCUCUCGUUGCUUGUCUGCUAUCAAGGACGAGCGUAUCCGUGCCAGCGGCCUCCUCCAGGGCCCUACCCCCGAGUUCGAUGGUGACAAGCAGGCUUUCAUCAAGGACCUCGAGCAGGCCCUGUAUGCCUCCAAGAUCAUCUCCUACGCCCAGGGCUUCAUGCUCAUCCAGGAGGCUGCUCGUGAGUACGGCUGGAAGUUGAACAAGCCCUCCAUUGCCCUCAUGUGGCGUGGUGGCUGCAUCAUCCGUUCCGUCUUCCUCAAGGACAUCACCAACGCUUACCGCAAGAACCCCGACCUUGAGAACCUGCUCUUCGACGACUUCUUCAACAAGGCCAUCCACAACGCCCAGCAGGGCUGGAGAAACGUUGUUAGCAAGGGUGCUCUCUGGGGUAUCCCCACCCCUGCUUUCAGCACUGCCCUCAGCUUCUUCGACGGCUACCGCACCCGGGACCUCCCCGCCAACCUGCUGCAGGCUCAGCGUGAUUACUUCGGUGCCCACACUUUCCGCAUCAAGCCCGAGCACGCCAGCGAGACCUACCCCGAGGGUAAGGACAUCCACGUCAACUGGACCGGCCGUGGUGGCAACGUCUCUGCGUCGACCUACAUUGUUUAAAUCAAACACGCGAUGUAAUACGCUGGACGUGAAGCCUCGCACGGGUCUAGCAGGGGACAGUUGGGCUGAGCUCAGGGAGUCUGCGAUAUGCGCUUACUGAGUGAAGGGAAUGACAUGAUGAAAACAAGAAGCGGAACAGGAAGUAUACCUAAUUCUGCUUCAUAGUACUAUGUAUCUAGAUGCUUACUGUUACGUUCAAAAACGUAUGGAAUGAAAUGAACCCUUUUCUUUUCUUUU